UAAACAACAAAGACAACAACAAAUUAAAUCUUGUACGUAAUUAUACUGUAUGUUUCUUUUUUAUCCAGGUCAGCUACAACAUCUCAAUCUUUUGACCAGGAAGUAUUAAACAUUACUUAAUCAAUAAGAAUUAAAUAACUUUUUCAAUAUUAAUUUUUGUAUGUCAUAUUCUAAUGCUUAUUGCUUUGUAUGCAAAAAAGAAUACUGCCAGGGCUCAAGCGAUGGCUACAUCAGUGCUGAACACCCCACACAGCUUCUACAAGGAAUACACCAGUGUUUAUGCACCGAUUGUCAUUGAUAGCAGUUCAGAGUCAGAAGAAAAUGUGGAGCCACAAGAAGAAGAUAGCACAGGACUGGCUGCUUCAGAUGUGGUCUCUAAUCUGUCUUUAAAGAUAGAUCCUACCUCCUUCAACAGAUUCAAUAUUAACAGAGCCAAUGUGUGGGAUGGAGCCAUACGAGGGUUUAAGAGAUCUGCAUACAACCCAUCCUAUGACAUGCUGGUCAAGUUCUCAGAUGAUGUCGGACAGACAGAAGAUUCUAUUGACACAGGAGGGCCUAAACGUGAAUUUCUUACACUGUUACUGGAUGCCAUAAGAACAAGAAGAGUGUUUGAGGGCAGAAGUUCUGCAAAAUACCUUGCAUUCAACAGUCAAGCUGCAGAUGAAGAUGAGUACUUCCAUGUUGGAAGAAUGAUUGCAGUGUCCAUAGUCCAUGGUGGUCCGGGUCCACGAUGCCUGUCCCCGAAUCUCUUUGAGUACCUCAUUGGUAAAGUGAAAUCCAUUGAAGCUCCUAUUGAGGACAUACCAGAUGAAGAAGUUAAGAAUUCUCUAUUUGAGGUAUAA